GACUCUUUUCCUGUUGGGAGAGAAAAAGUUUUGAAACCCCACCCUCUGCGCUGACUGAAGCUCAGACGUAGCGGUGGUUCGAGCUGUGACCGAGGAAGAGGAGCGCGUUUAAGAAGAAGAAGAAGAAGUUACGAUGGAGGAGUUGCGCUCUUUGGACACGGACUGGAACGACACCGAACCGGAACAGGCCACGAUCUGAAAACCCCAGCAGGAACUUCAGGGGAUUUGUUUGUUUUCACUGCGUGUUUCUGCCCUCUGGAAAGUAAAGCCGAGCAGGUUUGGAGAGCUCUUCCUGUUCCACAGUAAUCGGCGGUUUCUAAUUUGCUGCUGUGUUUUUUGUUUUCUGUUUUGUUAUGAUAAUAAAAGUCGCCUCUCCGUGCGCUCCUCUCAUCACCGUGUGCAUGGAUACUGUGGCGCAAUGGGAUGCGGGAUUUCCUGCGGGAGCGACGCAAACUUGCGGUCGGUUAUUGGACGUUUGGGCUCAAUAAUGCGAACUGGUCAGCGCUGAAACUUGUCGUAAAACACUGGUUGGCUGGACUGAAUACUCCUUUCCUGCUAUUCUUCUCUGCAGCUCAGCGCUUCCUGCUUGUGGUGGCUGCUGCACUUAAUGGCUAAAAAUACAUAAAAACUCAAAAUGGACAGCUAGAAGUGUCGUGGGAGACUUGAUUUUGGAGUUUUUUAAGGAUUCUUCUGCUCUUUAAAACCAGAACUCAACAGGUGGCACUUUUGAAUGAGGCCAGAGAGGAGCUGGUUUGGCCGUAAUGAGGUGAUUGGAGAGCCUCUUAAAUACAGGCCGGUGAAAUGAUAUUGUGCUCAAAGCAUGUGUUGGGAAACCGCACACCACAUCACUUGAGCAGAGAGGAAUCCAGUGCAGGAAUCUGAGCUUUCUGGACUAAAGGUUCUGUGAAGGGAGAGCUUCGGAUCGGAGACGAAUGCAACACACCUGGUUGGUCUGUGAACCCUCGCAACUUGUUGGUCCAACUCCUGAACGCGUUCCACUGGUCCCUGAUGAGCCAACAAGAAAGACAGGAAAGGGAGCGAGGCGCAAUAAAGUACUCCUUUGUACUUUAUUUUCAAACCCUUGGGGUGCAAAGUCAGAUCCAGUCAAAACAUCUGCUUGAGGCUCCAUGGAGCCACUGAAGAACAUUUUCAGUCGUGGCCCGCUGUCCAACUGGAAGAAUCUGGAACAAUCGCAAAAAGGGAACUUCACCAACCCGGUGUGGACGGCCUUGUUCGACUACGAGGCGUCCUGUAAGGAUGAGCUCACCUUGCGUAAAGGCGACCUGGUGGAGGUCCUGUCUCUGGACUCUGAGAUAUCGGGGGACGAGGGCUGGUGGGCCGGGAAGGUCAACAACAAGGUGGGCAUCUUCCCGUCCAACUACGGCUCCUUCAAGCCCAGCGGAUACGGGAAGCUCCCGGGCAGCGGCGUGGUCGGCGAGCUCAGCCCGGCAGUGGUGGGCGAGUUCGAAUCCGAGGCCGUGGACUUCCGGGAGCUCAACCUGGAGGAGGUCAUCGGGGUCGGCGGCUUCGGGAAGGUGUAUCGCGGUACGUGGAGAGGCGGGCUGGUGGCGGUGAAGGCGGCCCGGCAGGACCCCGACGAGGACAUCAGCGUGACGGCGCAGAACGUGAGGCAGGAGGCGCGACUGUUCGCCAUGCUCACCCACCCCAACAUCAUCGCCCUGAAGGGGGUCUGCCUGCAGGAGCCCAACCUCUGCCUCAUCAUGGAGUACGCCUCGGGCGGGCCGCUGAGCCGGGCGCUGGCCGGCCGUCGUAUCCCGCCGCACGUCCUCGUCAACUGGGCCGUGCAGAUCGCCAGAGGGAUGUUGUACCUGCACAACGAGGCCAUCGUCCCCGUCAUCCACCGGGACCUCAAGUCCAACAACAUCCUUCUGGCUCAGCCCAUAGAGAAUGAAUGUAUGGAGGGUUUGACGUUGAAGAUUACAGACUUCGGCCUGGCCAGAGAGUGGCACAAGACCACGAAGAUGAGCACCGCUGGCACCUACGCCUGGAUGGCCCCCGAGGUCAUCAAGUCGUCCACCUUCUCCAAGGGCAGCGACGUCUGGAGUUAUGGAGUUCUGCUGUGGGAGCUGCUAACAGGAGAGGCGCCCUACAGAGGGAUCGAUGGACUGGCCGUCGCCUACGGAGUCGCCGUCAACAAGCUCACCCUCCCCAUCCCCUCCACGUGCCCCGAGCCCUUCGCCCAGCUCAUGUCAGAGUGCUGGGACCAGGACCCCCACCGCAGACCCAACUUCGGCUCCAUCCUGGCCCAGCUGACGGCGCUGGAGCAGCAGGUGAAGGAAGAGAUGCCGCAGGACUCCUUCCACUCCCUGCAGGAAGACUGGAAACUGGAGAUCCAGGACAUGUUCGAUGAACUCCGGGCCAAAGAGAAGGAGCUGCGAUGCCGUGAGGAGGAGCUGAAGCGAGCGGCUCUGGAGCAGAAGUCCCACGAAGAGUUCCUGCGGCAGCGCGAGCAGCAGCUGGCCCAGUGGGAGCAGGACGUGUUCGAACGCGAGCUCAGCCUCCUCAUCCUGCACCUGAACCAGAACCAGAACCAGGAGAAGCCCAACGUCAAGAAGAGGAAGGGCACGUUCAAGAAGCACAAGCUCAAGAGCAAGAACGGCGAGAAGAUCAGCAUGCCCCAAGGGUUCAUCCAUAAGAUCACGGUGCAGGCGUCCCCAGGCCUGGAGAAGAGGCGGAACUCUCCCGAUCUGGGUUCGGGCUCCUCGCCUUCCUUCGGCCCACGUUUUCGUGCGAUCCAACUCAGCCCCAGUGACAACAGCAGGACGUUUGGUCUGAGCCCUGUCUGGCCCCUGGAGGCCCCUUCUCUUAAACAAGCCAAUGGAGACCUGAGGUUGAGCACCCACUGGAGGCCCCAGAGCCCAAAAAGUCCCAAAAGCCCCAAAGUCCUGCGCCUCAGUCCCCAGGAAAGCAGUCUGUCGAUGCGAGCCAAGCUCCUGGAGUCAGACAGUAAUGAGAACGGAGAGUCCAAGGAUGACUUUGAGGAGUACCGACCCUCCACGCCGACCCCUCCCUCUGGAGGGACUCAGAACGGCUCCUCAGUGAAGGACAGCCUGCGGCUUCCUCUACCUCAGGGAGACUCGGGCAGCGAGGAAGGGGGUUCCUCCCCGGCUGGCUCCCCAAGGCCCGAGAGGGGUUCUCUCGGUGGGCUGAUUAAGAGCACCCACCGGGCCCUGCUGGACGGCGGCUCCCUCCUGGCCUCCGUAGGACUAGGUCGCUGUCUGGAUAUUCCCCCAAGGGUGCCCCCUCGAACUAACCCCCCUUCUUUUGAUGACCGUACCCACUCCGAACUUGAGAUCUCCCUCCCUAAGCCCCUCAUUUCAGACCCCCCAGUAGUGGAUGAUCUCAUCACUUUCUCCACCUCUGAGCCUCUACCCAGACCACUGUUGGAUUUAGCUCUGCAGUACCAAGAACUGAAGCCUUUGCCCCUGACGCCGCCUCCGCCAAACCCCCGCGAGAGGAGCGGGCAUCGGACGCCGCAAACGCCACAAACGCCGCACAGUCCCCAGAGUCCCAGGAACCCUUUGCGGCACGACAGGCCCAACCUGGGCGAAUGGACCCCCAGUUCUAAUUCCACCAACGGGGAGCUGAGCAGUGAAUCCUGGGAGCACAGAGCUGACAGGAGGAGGAGGUCCAGCCAAGGUCUGCACACUUCUCAGCUAGUUUUGGACUUGCCUUUGUGCCAAGACAUGCAGGACUCUGACGACAAGCCAUCAGCGCCCUAUUCUCUCCACCCCAAUCCUGCCCUUUUGAGCCCCAAAACCCGCCGCCUGGAGGUCAGUGUCAUUCCUCGGCCUCGCCCAUCCCCUAUCCGACCCCGCAUCGACCCCUGGAGCUUCAUCUCGGCUGGCGGCGGAAACUCAGGUGGCGGCCGCAGCCCAAACCGCUCGGACAGCAACCUUUUGUGCUAUCAGCCGUCGCCUACCAACCCGUUUACCAACUGUGACCCUUUCCCCUCCCCGGACUGUGACCCGUUCGCCCUCAAGGCCGACCCCUCGAGCAGCUCGGACGCCGCCUCCCCUUUUGACCCUUUCUCGGCUCCCUUUCCCACCUCUCGCUCCGCCCCGUGCUCCACCAACGGCUCGCCCACGCUGCCCUCGUUCCGCAUCGCGCCCAUCAACCCGGCCGACUCGCCUCUCAUUGACCUCGGCUGGGCGGCCUGCAGCAAGCCCCUGGACGGCACCAAAGAGAAAGCUCACCCCCGGAGGAUACUGGGGCUCAAACCCUUCAAGUCCCCGACGCAACUCAGAGACGACAGGUUUUAAACCCAGCCUUGCCUGUGCCACGUUUCAUUAAUGGAUGCUAAGAACUGCGAUUUUUUUUUUUUAAAUCACAGGAACACAGUCCAGGACCUUUUUCCCACUACAAUGUCCAACGUCGUAACACGGAUUUGGAACGCACACUCGCCAAUCAACCCGCUGAGGGAGGUUUAUCGCAGGCAUCGCAGGUCUUGUGUUUACAUCAGCCUGCUGCUUUGGAAACCAGAAAGCCAGUGAAAGGAGGUACAUUGAGUCGUGGGAUAGCCGCCUGUGAACCAAUAGCGGGUGCCCAUUUCGUUCUUUCCCUCUAUCUCUGCUUCUUGAUCCCUUUGAAGGAGCAGAGCACAGAUCACUAGUCCCAUCUUCAGAUUCUAUCAGACUGCUCGUAUCACCCGCUUUCAUCUCCCCCUCCCUACCUUUGAAGCAUUGUGACAAUGCAGAGGUGGAUAAGGCGACUUGCACAGCUUCAUCUGCCUCUACCUCUCUACAGACUGAAAGCAUUCAGGACAAUGGAAAAUUGGAGUGCCUUAUUUCGUGAAGUGUUUUUAAUAUAUAUCUUUUCAAGGUUCCUUCAAUGGUUAAUCUGGUGCGUAGGGAAGAUGCUAUGAAUUUGGCUUAAAUUUGCAAAUCAGCUUAGCGUUGCGGUGUGAGAAGAUGUCGUCUGUGUGUGUGCGUGUGCAUGUAUGUCUAGACUCAUUGUUCAAGGAAAGCUUACUGUGUUUUUGUUUUUUUUUUCUUUCUUUUUGAAACUGCGUCUGCCUGUUGCAUUGUGGGAGAAAAAGCACUCAGAGUGGAUAUUCUAGGCCGCUGGUGAAAUCCAGGACAAAACCGUGACCCAGGCAUUCCACUUGGAAGCAGAUAACAUUCCAGUCACAUUCCCCGGGAAAUGCCAGGGAUUGGACAGAUUCAUUCGGCUGGCAGGCGACACAGCACAGGAAACAAGACGGGGGAGCCCUCUGCAUUCCCUUCAUAUGCCAAAGAAUGCCACUGCGACAGUGUAAGGGCUGGGACAAAAGGGUGUUUGCAAAUAAGUUGUUUUUACCUCCAUCCAGUGCCAGACCAGUGUGGUUGAGGGGGGUUUGCACACACAGGACAGCACAGAGACAGUUGAGACAAUCACAGAUGGUAUUUAAACAGAACUCCUCUGUUAUCAACUGCUUAAAUACUAUCCAUACUGUCUUAUCACCACCUGCAUGUUGCUGUCGGAAGGUUCAGCCGAGUACUUGGGUAUGGAAGCUUCAGUGAGAAUCCGUUUGUCUUUCAAAGUAAUCACACAGUUUCGGUUUACAUUUCUUUCCCCGACAGAACAAACGCACCACUCUCCAGGCUUUUCAUUAGUCCCAUCUUCCCUGCUGUAUCUCCCGAACCAAAUUUACUUUCCAAAUAAAUAGAAUCCAGAAAGAAGCCCCUCUGACACCUGGCGACGACGACAUUUUGAGCUUGGAGACGGGUUAGUUUAACAUUGUAGAAAUCAGGGGCAAAUGGUGAGUCCAGCUUUUCAAAGGACAAACAAUCCACAAACCGUCAUCUCUGAAGGUCGCUCAUUAACGCGUCACAUUUGUUGUUUAUUUGCGGUAAUUUCUGGUCAGUCAUGGUCGUCACUAUGAGGUUGCCAGGCAACUAGAUGAGGCUCGGAAGCUGCUGCUCCCCCCACCAUAAACAACAACUCAAUGCUUUAGUGCAGAUUAAACUAACGAGACAUGAUGCGCUAAUUAAUAAGCUUUAGAGGCGCUCGGGGGUUCAUCUGGAAGAAGUGGUAUUGAUCUUCUCAUCUAACUCAUAAGAUAAUAGCAAAUUCUCGGCUCUGGAUAUUGGGGUCCAAUUAAUGACGAAUAUCCGAAUAUUCGAGCACGGGAAUCCAAGUAUUCGGAUCUCAAAAUUAAUAUUCCGACAACACCAUAAUGACUGAAUAUUCAGGUCCACUCCAAGAUAAUAUGCCUACUUCCUAAAUUGUCCCAACUAUUUCUUCAAGGUUAUGGCAUUUGAUGUGCAAGACGAGACCAGCAGUAGCUCCCUUCGUCUUGCUUAAAAGAUCAUGCAGGUUCCUGUGGGAAGUACAACCGACCAGAAUGCAGAGCAGCAAUCAAGAUCAUUCUACGUGCUAAAUAUAACAUGUCCAGGCACAUUCUCAGGGUUUUAUUUUUCUGAAAUCGUCUUGGGAAAUGCACAGCGUGAGGCAGGUGGAGGUGCAGCAGUGAAUAACUCCUAAGUAGUAUCAAAGGGUGUUUUUUUUUUCUUUCCCCAAAACCAUCUGAUCCGGUCUAUUAACAUAACAAGUGUAGGUCAAGCAUGCAAGCAGCUGAAAGAGACCCACUGACUCACGGCACAAAACUCGUCCCGCCAACCUCGGCUUCUCUGAAACGCCAUGACGUACAAAUACCGAUCGGCUUCAUCGUUGACACGGUGUCAUCGGAAGACAAUGCCGGCUUUGUUCUGCCGAGGAGUGAAAGCCUCGUCUCCGAAGGGGGAAAGCUUUGUGAUGAGCCUAAUAAUCCUACUGACGAACAGAGGAAGCUGAUAGUGAUAAUUAGCCUCUUGAUAAGAGCAGGGAGCAUUAACAAAGCGUUCAGAUAUUUGGUUAAUUAAUUUGCCCCCGAUGUUACAAAAAAUACCCCGCAUACUCCGGGCAAGGUAUUGAGUCGCCUCCUGCUCCAGCUUACAUCUAGAUUUAAGCCGUGGCCUUUUUCGUGUUUCAAAGAGCCGUCUGUCCUCGCCUCUUUUCCUCUCCGUUGCCACUGGCUACGGCUGCUGACUGGACUUCUUUUUCAUCUUCAUUGUCAAGGCUCACCUUUUUCUGCCUUCUCGCCCCUCAGGUGAUGUGGGGAGAUAGUUUUCUUUCAUUCGUUUUCUUCUUACUUCCCUCCCUGCUUCGCUGCGAAGUUUUCUCGAGGGCAGUUGUGUCCUGACGCUGCACAGCGUUCGGGUCGGGUUUUAUACGAGGGGGCAAAGGAAAUGGCAUUUGUUCUAGGACAGAGUACAUUUACAGAGGAGUGCUCAUUUUUAUUGAGGCAAUUUUGUUGGAAAUUGGAACAGGAGUUUUAAUGUGUGCAGCGGUAACAAAGAGACAGAGCUCGGAGAUUCUCAUUCGAAUUUUUCCUCAAAUGAGCUAGUUUGUCUACAUCUGAAGGCGAAAGUUUAUAGCCGUUCUGCAGGGCUCGACUUCAGGGAGGGGAGAAAAGCUUGUCGUCAAUUCAUAUAAACGGGUAUCGCACACUGUGACUCUUCUAGAAAGCAUUUACCUAGUAUUGCAGUUUGAAAACUGAUAGAAGUGGUUGUGUCAAGAAGGAGAAAAGGGAGCUUGAGAGAGUUCAAACACUGCCUACUGUCACACCUCCGCACACCUGGCAAUUGCUGAGGGAAGUAGGAGUGAAUGUCAAAUUGUCUGCUUUAAAAAGGUACCAAAAUUGUCGUAUAAACCCCUUUUGGAUUUGUAGAAAAAAGUGGGAUCUAAAUUUGUGAGAAACAUUUCGUCUGAAGCCUUUAAACUUGAGGGUCUGCUUGAUUUUUAUCGAUGCUCACGGAUAGAAAAGCAGCAGCUAUUUAUGUCAGGGGUGUCAAACUAAUUUUAGUUCAGGGGCCACAUUUGGUCCAAUUUGAUCUCAAGUGGGCCGGACCAGUACAAUCACAGCAUAACAACCUAUAAAUAAUGACAAUUCCACAUUUUUCCUUUGUUUUAGUGCACAAAGGUGCAUUUAAUGAACUCUCUUUUUACAAAACAUUGUGAAGAACCUCAAAUUUUUGAAGAGAAGUAAGUUCAAUUUCAACAAUAUUAUGCCUUAGUUUGUCAUUUACACAUCAAAACUUCCAGAUCACAGAGUGUCUACAAAGGAACACAACAUUUAGUCUCAGGUUUCUGGAGCUGAACAAUAUAGUGUUUAACUUUAUGAUCAAAAAAGACAAAAAAACCCAGCAGAAACAAGACAAAAUAUUACAAAAAUGAGACAAAAUGACAAAAACAAGAUGCCAAAUGACAAAAAUGAGAAACAAAAUGGGACAAAUAACACGAAACUAAACAACAAAAGAAACAAAAAAUUUGACAAAUAGUUAAAAAGUGACCAAAAAAGGGACAAACGACACAGGCAUGACAAAAAAAGACACAGAAUGACAAAAACAAGAUGAAAAAAUUACACAAACAAAAGCGAGAAACGACACAACAAAAAAAUUGACGAGCAACACGGGCGAGACAAAAAAAACCCACAAAAUGAUACACAAAACAAUGAAUAAAGCAAAACACAAAAUGACAAACAAUGGUCAAAAGCAAGACACAAGUGACAUAAAUGAGACAAAAAAUCCCCCAAAAAAAGGAAACGCGACAAAACAAUGAAUGAAGCAAAACACAAAAUGACAAAAAUAGGACAAACAACACAAGCGAGACAAAAAGGAAACACAAAAUGACGACGACAUGAGAGAAACCCCAAAAGUCAACCAAAAAAGACAAACAACAAGACAAAAUAUGACUAAAAUGAGACAAAAUUACAAAAGAACAAUGAACAAUCUAGUAUUUAUCAAAACAACUUUUAAAUUGUCAGAUUUACAAUUUGCAGUUAGUAUCUUCUGCGUAUCUUUUACCUUUUGAAAAGUCGUGGACCCUCUGGCUGGCUGCUUGUGGCUCGUGGGCCGCAUGUUUGACACCCCUGGUCUAUGCGGUUAGCCUGUACCUGGAUAUCUGACCAAUGAGGGGAAGAAAGAGUCUAUCCAAUGCUCUGAACAAACGGGUAGAACAUGUAGGCCACCACUCUGAAUCUGACAGGAUCAUCUGUCGUGGAUGAUCCUGAAUUUUGCUCGUCUAAAGCUUGAUGCUGACCUCUGGUCCGACUCACCUGCCAUUACCUGGACACGAGCACGAUGGAUCUAAGAGGUUUAAUAUAGAACUUGUCUCUCUCGGCAGCCUUCCCCACCUUCCUCCCCUCUCUUAUCCCCGCCACCGACAUUUUACAGACAUGACAAGUGAUGAGUUAUUGCCUCGUCUCUUCGUGUCAACACACAAAGCCACGAGAGCUAUCUUCUGAUAGUCGUUACGCUUGGGUAGCUGUUAUUGUCAACACGGCUCUGUGAGCAAAAAAGAAAAAGACACAUGAAGGAAAUUGAGAUGAUUGAAACGUCUGGCAGAUUAUUUCUGUCACAGAUUCUCUCUGUGUGUCAAGCAUCCACUCCAACCUGCCACUCAUGUCUUGUCUGUGCGUUCGCUCGGUGCUCUUUAAUUUUCCCUCAGACCUGAUGCCGAAAAGCACAUUUUGUAAUUGACUACCUAAAAUCACUGUGUUUUUCACAAGUAAUUACAUUAUUACCUGUAGUCAGAGUGGGAUUGCUUGCCCCCUCUGGUUAUAACUUCUGGAAGUAGCUCAUUUGAGGUGCUGAGAAACCUCAAUCCUAUAAAAAGACCCAAGAAAAUAGGUCAGAAUACUUUAAGUACCUGCUUGCAUAAACAAAACACCCCAGCCUCAUCUAUUAAAGUGUAAUCUGAAUCUGACAAUUUGCCAGCUGAGGGAAUAAACACAUUUUUAGGAAGCACUUUGUGGACCAGGAUGUCCAGUUCUUGGGUUUGCCUGUCAGAUUUAGGAACCAUAGCUGCCGUUCGUCAGCCGGAGCUGGCAGCCGGCACCCCAAUAAGAAAAUCCCGAUGAGUUGAUCGUGACGUCCUGCUCUUCCAGGCGUCGCCCCGUCCGUCACCGCAAAUCACCGAGAACAAACUGACAAGACGAGUGGAACCGAAUCCUCUAAAGGCGGGACUGAUAUCUGGCCACCGGUGACAGGGAACAGACGUGAUUUCAUGAUCCUAAUUCAAAGCUCAAGCUCACACCGUUGCCCCCUAAUCAGUAGAUAGCAAACGGUCAACACACUACAUGGAUGAAUUCUAAUCAGACUGCACAAUGGAGAAAUGCAAGGCCUUGACCCUCAUCAUGCCAAGAGGCUAUUUGUUAGUGGUGGUUGUGUUUUAGAGUACCAGAGGGGGGAAAUCAGAGCUAUUACACAGAAUAAUAAAAUAAAAGAACAUGUCGCAAGCUAGUUAUUAGCUUUGCGAAGGAGCAAAAGUGGAAAGUAAAGCUUAAUGCAGCCAUCCAUUGGGGUUUAAUUUGGCUUUGUAAACAGCAGAGACGUGAACUCGCAUACUCACUAUCUGAUCUACCUUCAUUAGGUCAGUGAUUCAGCUGUAGUAGUAAACAUGUAAACACUAAUACCGUUAGCUUUAAAAAACAGUGGUGCCAGUGGAUAUAUAAUCCUGUCAAAGAUAGUACAAUUACCCCCUGUGUUCCUUUUAGUUUCAUGGGGUUUGUGCUUUGUCGCCUUUGUUUACAAUGUAGUCUUUCAAAAGUAUAUGUUUUUGAUAGUUUAUAAAAAGAAAUACUGCAUUUGCGGAGAGAUGAUACAAUUUUGAAUGCUUGAUUUUGUCACCUGGCUACCUAGCGGAAGCUAACAUUUGACAUAAAACCUAAUCGGCCAGAUUUCCAUUUCCGUUAUUUUCAAAAUACGUCAUGCUUCCUUACUUUUACAUGUUGCCAGUUUGACUUCUGUUCCAUCCUGUAGUUUCUGACAUCGUGCACAUAGUUCAGUGUGAUUUGGUUCUUUUCUUUUUAUAAAUGUGUCAAAAGUGACUGACGCAGGGGAAAAGAUGUAAAUCGAGGUGCAGUGUGUGACUGUGACAACAUGGUGGCAAGUGUUGCUGGCGAAAGGCUGAAUCUUAUUACUGCACAGCCUUAUGGGUAAACUGAGCUCUGGAAUAGAAACAUGUGAACCCCGGUUACUGGGGAGGAAAAGAAUCACAUUUAAUAGUCUACAUGCCCAUAUUACCCAAAGUAGCAGAGCGCAGUGUGCACGUAAACAUCCCCGUUUUUAGUGUUUGACUCUGAGGAAGUCAGCAAGUCAAGUCAGAAGUUGACUAUUUCUUAAAUUCCAGUUAGAGCAUGUUUGUCUCCCUCAUGGGCGCAGAGAAAAUUGGAGAAUGAUUCAAUAAGGCUGGAUGGGAAAAAAAAAAACACCCUCUGGCUGAACAUGUGUUGUAUUUACUUUUAUUGAUGAAAUUUUCUCUUGGCAGGUCAGUGAAGAGUGAAUUCUGAAACGACAGAAUAGAUGGCCUGGCAUUUCAGUGGCUUUCACCUAAAUCACCUUUGCUGCCUCUGCUUGCUUGUGUUCAAUUAAGUGGAUGUUACAAAUACGCCUGGUUUUCAGCCUCGUUUCGGUUGUCUUAUAGCCGGCUGUCAGCGCCGCAGACGCAUUAUUGCUCGUCCUGGCUCGCAUUAAACCGAAACACCUGCCCAGGCCUUUGUUUGGCCUUAAUAGGCCGAGACCAAAUGAUCAAAUAUGACCUUUCGUCAGGCGUACAGCAACUGCACAUCCCAAUAGGAAUGUGGACAAAAGCCAUGUCUGCGAGAGCUGCCACCAGGUGUGUAAGCGCUCUCUGAAACUGUGAAUAUUAUUCCUAAUUCUUUUCAGUCUGUGCAUCCAAGGUCACCAUCUGCUGUCUGUUUUUUUCCAGCAGCAGCAGCAAAAACUGAAUCAAUAGGAGCUAUGAAAGAAAGACCAAUUCGCUUCCCAGACUACAGCGAUGGCUCUUGCUGAAAGCUGGCACUCUGUUUAGAAAAUAAACAUGGAUUUUAUCUAUGAGGUUAUUAAGUCCAAUGCCCACAUUCUCAUCCCUUCCCUCUGCUCGACAACAUAAAACAGCCCCAUGCUUGUGAUUAUUGUUCUGUCCGGCUAUUGACACUCAAUUACCUUGUGAUCUUCCUCAAAUAGAAACCAUUCAGUCUGUAAAAUUCUGUUUCUGGAGUGCCGAUUGAGUGCGCUGCAAAGCAAUUGGUUGACUAAGCAGGCCUUGUGUGUCAAAUAUAGAAAGCACAAAAUGAUUUAUUGUCGUCUGCUCAGCAGUGUUUGCUUAUAGAAGGAAUAGUUGGUAUUUUUUGGCAUUUUUGUUAACCCUCCUGUUGUCUUUAUUUAUGGGCACCAAAAAAUAUUGUUUCCUUGUCUGAAAAAAAUCUGGAAAUUCAGCAAAAAUAAUUCCCCAUGUUUCUGAAAAUUUGCAAAACCUUCAGGGAGACACUUCCAAUAAUUCAUUAAAAGUUUAAAAAAAAACUAAAUUUGGCAAGAAAAUUCUUGUAAAUAUUUUCAAGAAAUUAGUAAAAAUCUUCCAAAAAAAAAAUCCUAAAAAUAUCUAAAGUGAUUACAUAUAUAUCAGUAAAACUUCUGAUAUUUUCUUUAAGAGCAUUCACCAAAAAAAUCAACCAAAAUCCAGUGAAAUUGGCGGGAAGGAUAAAGGCGCCACCGCUCUGUUUAGCGCUGCCAACAGUAUUUCUGUGCAAAUCAAUGCAAACAAAUUUAAUGAUCGGCUAAGUGACUAAACGUCUGACAUUUCACCUGAUUAACGUCUUCAGAGGCGCAGCUAUAAUUCCGGGUAAAGUGUUCGCCUGAGGCUUUUGGGUAUUUAACAGCAGGAGGUCUCUUUCAGGUGCUCAUGGUUGGGCUUAAAUAACUGAACUCUAAAUGAUCCACGCAGGCAGUUUGAAAUGGUUUUGGAUGGUACAAAUCCCCAUGACUCACUGGUCGAAUCUCUUCAACUCGCAGCAUCACAGUACUGUAAAAGGCUUUUCCUUCUGACAGCUUCCCACCAGCCUGCUAAGAACAUUCACAGCAUUUCUAUACAGGGGGGGGGAGUGGAUAUUUAUAAAUGGCCAUCUUUUUACACACUGGAUUAUUUCUCUUUCAAGAUGGCCAUGGACGCAGUCUACAUUAGGAUGAUUUCAUAUGAACAAAACCUUUUCUUUAGGUUUUCACUGGAGUUUUUUAAGAUGCAUGUAUGGGUGCUUCACAUGAGGCAGAUUAACUUUACAUUCCAGUUCUUCCAAUCUGACCAAAUCUGAUUUGUCUGCGCUCCCCAGUGUUUGUGUAGCAGAAACUCGGUUCUUUGUGUACAUUGCAGCAAAAACCCAAACCUAAAUUGCAGCCUGACGUCCCCUCGAGGCACCCAUACUGAAUUUUUAUGUGCAUAAAACUGCUAAGAUGGAGAAAAGGCGUUUGUAGCUACCUUAAAGUAGCACACACUUGACCUUCUCCCCGUCUUUGUAUCUAUUUGCUUUUAUUGUAAUUGUUCCAGAUUAAUUUCUAUGUCUAUUUUGUCUUUUAUUACAACCUCGGCGAUGUGAUAACACAACUGUUGCAUUGCCCUGGCAGCCAUUUUUACAUCUCUCUCAGAUCUGCCUCUGCUCAUGCGAGUUGGAGUUUUUUUGUUUUUGUUUUUGCAAGUCGUCGGGCUUUGAAAAUUCGUUUUUUGUUGCAUUUUUGUGAAAUCUCGCACUGGGCUGGGCCUAAUCAACUGUUUUUAUUGUGCGUCAAGAGGAUUAUUUCUGUAUACAGUAUGUGAAAAAUGUUUUUAUUUCUCUUGACUAUUAUAAUGGGUUUUAACCUGUGGAAAAAAAACAAAGGAAAAAAAAGCUCAAAAAGAGAUAAGACCAAAUAAAAUGUAACACUCCUGA